AUGUUAUUCAACGCAAUCUUAGUACGAUUAAUGUUUGUUUAUUUUAAAAAUGCAAUACGAUUAUCAUUACAACGAACUCGAUUACAAUUGGAGCAAAAUGCAAUUACCGAUGCUGAAUGUAUUUGUACUAUACGAUUAUUGGGACAAAUUUCAAUGAAAUUUCAUUCAAAAGCUGGCUAUUUAGCAUUGAUAUUUUUUUUGGAUUGGACAUUUUAUUUGAUACAUACAUUAUUAACAAUUCAUCAAGAGAAUGAAAACAUACCGGCUAAGAUAUUCAAUAAGAAAUUAUUCAGUUUGAUCAAACAAGAGUUGAUUAAAAAUUGUGAUAUCUAUUGUAAAAAUAGAGAACCGAAAAUUCGAACAAAGAAAGUGGCUAAGUCAUCUAUAAACAAAGAAAUAAUUUAUUAUUUAAACAUCAUAAUUCGUUCUUCGGACUUGAAAAUGAAAUACAUUCCUACUGGCUCUUUAAGUGAAAUAUCCAAUAUGUUGUAUGCUUGUCAAAUUACGUAUGAAAAUACCGUUCAACAAAGGAAAAACCAGAAUGUAAACAAUCCAAAAUGUUUCAGGCUCAAUGAAAAAAUCAAAAAAUGGCAAGACGAUUUAAACAUUCUAAAUAACUACGAUCAAUCUCAACGUCCAUCCAGAGAAAUAAUACGAAUUUGCAAAAGAUAUCAUAUCCAUUCCAAAGAUAAUGUCGAAGUAACCAAUUUGAAAGUGCGCCUAAAUGAUCAAAUAACCAUCAAACAAACAGAAAUCAAAAGAUACAAAUCCAGAACUGAAUUUAAUAAACAAAACCACCAAUUUGAAUUCAAUCGUAAGCAAUUUUAUCGUAGCCUAGAAAGUAAUGUGAAAAAUACCAUAAGUGAAAAUAUCGAUCUUGAUUCAACAAAAAAGUACUGGGAAGAAAUAUGGUGCGGACAUGAUUCGACUACGGGCAAUUAUGAAAACCUGAUAAAUACGAUUCAACCGAUAAAUUUACAAAUCGACACAAGUAAUGAAAAAAUAGCUAAUAUAGUCAAGAACAACAUAAGAUUUCUGUCAAACUGGAAAGCUCCAGGUAAAGACUUCAUCUAUAAUUUUUGGAUAAAGAAACUAACAUCACUGCAUAAUGUUUUAAUAAAUGCGAUAUGUGAAGCAAUCAAAAAUCCUAAUGAAAACAUUGAUGAAUCACUAUACGAAGGAAUCACUUAUUUGAUACCAAAAAAAGAAAUAUCUAGUGAACCGAAGGAUCUACGACCAAUCACUUGUUUAUCUAACAUAUAUAAAUUAACAAGUAAAACCUUCACAACGUUGUUUAAUGAAAUAUGCGAGAUAAAUGAUAUCAUAUCAUCUAAUCAAAUGGGAACACGUAAUAGAUGCCAAGGUGCAAAAGAACAAUCGUUAAUCAACAAAACCAUAUAUACUUCACACCAUAAUCUUUCAACAUGUUGGAUCGACGUAACCAAAGCAUUUGAUUCAAUCGACCAUAAGUACCUUAUGAAAUGUAUUGAAAAGUUGGAAUUACCUGACUUCAUGGCCUCAUUUAUAAAAAGAAUGCUGGAAAUGCAACAAGUUAGCCUAAGAUGCUUGAACAAUGAUAUUGGUACAGUAAAAAUCGGUAAUGGUAUCAUGCAAGGUGAUUCAUUAUCACCGAAAUUAUUUGUAUUUGCUCUUGAGCCACUAAGUCGUCUUCUAAAUAAUACAUUUGAAAAAGUACCAUGUGAUGAAGAUUCCUUAUUGGAACGUAAUCAUCUAUGUUUCAUUGACGACAUUAAAUUAAUCGCAUUCGACACAAAUACAUUGGAAUCAAUGUGCGAAUUAACUAAUCAAUCUUUAUUAACUAUGGGCCUAAAAAUAAAUCAAGACAAAUCUAAUACAAAUGUAACAUCGGAUCGGGUUGUUGGCGGUUUCCUAAAUGAAACCAAUACUUAUAAAUAUCUUGGAAUUGUUGAAAAUUCUGAAAGCCAAAUAGUCGAACAAAAUAAAUUUAUUCUUAAAGACAAAAUUAAGAAAAGAAUAGAAGAAUUAUGCCAAACUCGUCUAAAUGGUGUCAAUAUGUUUAGAGCAAUCAAUGAAUACGCUAUUUCUUCUAUCAAUUAUUAUGUAGGUGUCGUUGAUUUUUCCCCUGAAGAAUUUAAAGACAUCGAUAAGGAAAUACGUCAAAUUUUGAAUAAAUACAAGAUAAUAUGGAAAUCAGCAAAUAAUGAUCGAUUAUAUCUAAAACGCAACGAAUUGGGACGGGGACUAAUCAAUGUCGAAGAGCAUGCCGAAUUAAUGAUGUUCAAGCUCCUAAACCAUCUCGAGAGUAGACCGGAGACCAGAGUAGUUGUUGAAAAUGAAAGAACUAAUAUCGCACCAUUGGGUUACAUUCGCGAAUAUAUUCAAGCAAAAUAUAAAUUCAACGAUCUAAAUUUUGAUUUCAAAGAUAUCCAGAUGGAACAGUACAUGAUGAGAUUAGAAAAAAUUAAAGAAAAAAAACUUCACGGUAUUCUUUUCUCUGAUGACGACCACCAUAUUGAUAUUAGACAAUCUUCUAUUUGGCUAUCACAUGGAAAUAUUUCGGCACGUGAAGAAGGUGCAUUAUGCGCUCUUCAGGAUCGUAACUUGUUUUAUGAUCAACGCAGAUGUGAAACAUGUAACAAAGUCAAGAAAACAGUCGACCAUAUAGCCACACAUUGUGGUAAAUAUGUUAAGUUUGAAUACACCAGUCGCCAUGAUAGAGUUUUAAAGUGUUGCCAUUUGCAUAUUAUGAAGAAAUUUGGUUUCACUAAAAAUAAUAAAAUUGGUCUCCACAAAACCGAAAAAUCGAUGUGCAACAAAGAUGGGUCCAUAAUAAUUAAAUCUGAUACACCAAUCUAUACCCACAAUCAAACAAUUACGGAAAACAAACCAGACAUUUAUGUUCAAGAUAACAACAAUCGCAAUAUUGAUAUCAUUGAAAUAGGAAUUACAAACAAAAAUAUAAUUUCCACGACCGAAAUCACGAAACAUCAUAAGUAUGAUCUAUUGGCAAAUUCUCUUAAAGUCAUGUAUCCUACAUUCACGACAAGCAACAUUCCGGUAGUGCUAUCAUGGGAUGGCUUAGUGACUAAAUACAAUAAUAAAUAUAUGCAAAUGUUGGGCAUUAACAAAAAAAUUAUGGCAUUUAUUCAAUAUAGUUCUUUGAAAUCUACAUUCGAGAUUGUAUGUAAGGAUCGGGGAGUAAGAGGUACUCUCUGGGAUGUAGAUGAAGGACUCCCUGGUUUGGAAGAAGAACCAGAUUACAUUGACCCAGACCUUUUGUAAAUAAGAGAUAUGAAAUAAAAU